UUGACGCAUGCUCAGACGGUACCAAUGGCGGAUGUGAACACGUGUGUGUUACAAACAAGAAUGGCGCCUACGACUGUUUAUGUCACGUGGGAUACAGACUGGCCAGUAACGGACACAACUGUACGGACGUGGACGAGUGUACGGAACUACGGCUGUGUGACCAGACGUGUAUCAACUCCCCCGGGACGUACACGUGCGGCUGUCGGGAGGGGUACAUACUUGACACAGACAAUGUCACGUGUAACGAUAUGAACGAAUGUAACGAUUCUUCCGCCUGUCCGGAACCGGAAGUGGGCGUGUCUAUAUGUAUAAACACUUACGGUUCUUACUAUUGUCUGAUAUUUAACGAGAAGUCAUCUGUAGUACAUGAGGAACAACUCCUGUCAGACCAAAGCGAACAUCAGCCUCCAUUUUAUGACGAUGAGCAUUAUCCGCUUGAACAAGAAGAUUACGACGUUAAUGGAGAUCGGAUUCUUGGAAAGAAAAGUAGGUCAGUGGGUGAAUAUACCACGAGAAGGUACCAGUUUUCUACCCCGGAUGUUGGGGAAUACCCUCAACCUCACAACAAUAGUGAUCUAAAAAUAGUCAUUGGUUUCCUUGCUGGAGCGCUGUGUAUUACGCUAAUUGUUAUCAUCGUCAUUGUGGUACGUAAACAUUGUCGUUGGCGUCGUCGGAUGCAUCAAGAUAGGAACAACGAAUCAUACGCCUGA